AUGUUCCGCGGGCGUAUGCUUUUUGAAAGCGAGGCUAUUUGCAGGCAGCUUAGGGUGGCAGCGGCGGCUGCUUUUAGAGUAUCUCAAGCCUAUGGUAAUCAGAAGCGUCUUGAUGUGGAAGCUAAACGAUUUGAGAAUAACGCUGCAGCGCUUGCAAAGCAGUCGGAACAAUGGCUGGCGAUCACCGAAUCACUUAACCAUGCCCUCAAGGAGAUUGGUGACGUAGAAAAUUGGGCUAAAGCCAUUCAACACGACAUGACAGUCAUUUCGACAACAUUGCAACGGGUUUAUCAAGGUAAUACGAUAUCUGAACUC